UGGGCCGGCUCUGGGGGGGGAGUCCCGGGGCCAGGCGCUGCCGGAGGAAGAGGCCGAUGGAGGACGAGGAGGAAGGAAGGAGCGCCGGGCGGAGGCGGAGGAGGAAAGGGCAGGAGCUCAGCAACCCCUUCGAACUGAUAACCAAUGAAGAAAUAGAGGAUGAUCUCACAUCCAAAGAGGAGAAAGAUGAUUCCAGGCUGAAGGAGGAAAGUGACCGAAAGAACGAAGAGAGUCUGGAAAAUGACCAGCAAAAAGGAGGAGCAGAGACCAAACAACUGGACCAAACGACAAGGAUUCUUUCUCCCACCUUGGACAUCAUUCCACAGAAGAUGCCUCCAGUCAAUAGAGGCCAGGCUACCUCUAUGCGGAUUCUCUCACUGAUUGACUUUGCAGCUUCGUUGCUACUCCGUGCUAUUCAAGCUGGCUAA